GGUCGGUCCACACCUAAAAUCGCAUAAAGGCCAAGAAUGUGCGCACGUCACCACCACGGAAGUAGCGCCCAGGAACUCAGAGGAGGGAUCCCCAAGCAGAGGCGCGAGUCGUGUGCAGGGAUUAUGACUUUCUCAAGGAAGCGCUGCUGGGCAGCUUAUGCGUAAACGGUAAGCACAAAAAACCUCUUAACAGAGCGCGUCUGUUCACCCGAGUGAAAGCAGAAGCCGAUUCCUCUGCCGGCCAUGUCCUCGCUGUAUCUAACACUCCUGCUCUUUUCUGUUCGUGUGGUCUCCCUGACUCCUGAGAAGUCCCAGAGGAGCAAGAGAGGGCUGCUGGAACUGGCUGGGGCCAUCAAGUGCAGCACAGGGAGAUCGGCCCUGUCCUACAUGAUGUACGGCUGUUACUGCGGGCUGGGCGGGCGUGGCUGGCCCCGCGACAGGGCAGACUGGUGCUGUCACAGACACGACUGUUGCUACGGAACAGCGGAGUUUGCGGGCUGCCGGACCAUGACCGACAGAUACGACUGGACGUGUGAAGACCGGGUCCCGGACUGCGAUUCCCUGAAGGACAGGUGUGAGAGAAUCCUUUGCCAGUGUGACAGGGAAGCAGCAAAAUGCCUAAGAAAAGCACCAUUCAUUCGGAAAUAUGCAGUCUGGCCUGACUUUCUCUGUGGCUGUGAAUAUCCAACAUGCAGUUUUUACUGAUUCAAUAAAUUUACGCUUUGGGCUACGAAGCCAAGUAUUGUUUUCUAUCAAAA